AUGGGAUCACAACAAUACUAUUCAUCAAGAUCAAAAGAUCCCAAUGGUAACUGGAAUGAAGGAUUUUUGUUCACUACCUCAUAUCAUAAUCAACUAUUUGAUACUAUUGAACUGGAUUUAUAUGAUCGACGUAAAGGAUGGCGUUCCAAAACAAAACAUAUUGGCAAAGCAAAACUCAAGAUAUCCAAACUCAAAAAUCGACAUGAUGUGUACCUCACGUUUUUACCGAUGUAUGAAUACCACACCCGACGUUAUUUACCGGCUCAUAUCCCACUACCACACAAUUUUUUGAAGUCUCAUAUGCCAAGUCUACCAAGUUUACCCAAUAUGCCAAACUUACCGAACAUACCCAAUUUACCCAAUUUACCUAAAUUUAAUCAGUCCAAUCGUGUAUCACAAUGGGAACAUGAUCAUUACCUGCAUUAUCAACAACAUCCAAGUCAUCGCAAGAACUCAAUGACUCCUUUUAUUGGUUCUAUUCAAAUUCGUGUUCGUUAUGUUUUCCAACGUCCUCCUGAUACCAUUCUCAACAACGAUGGGCAUAGUCAUAGUUUACGACAAGUUGAAUCAUCUCUCAAUACUUCCAUGACAUCAGAUUCACACCCUAUUCAACCUCCAUCCAACAAUAUCAAUGAUUCUUUCUGUUUUUCGCGAUGUGAUGCGGAUAGCCGAAACUUACUCUUAGCACGUGUGACUAGGAAGGAUCAGACGACGACAACAACGACAAAUGACGAUAGGAACGGAAAAACAAACAAAAAGGCAACCACGAUUCAUGAUGACAGGGAUAGUGCUUUUUCUGAUAAUUCCAGUAUUAGAAGCCACAACUUUGGUGACAAAAACUUUGCAUUUAGGUGGAUCAACGAAUCUUUUGAAGAAGUGGCACUUUCUCAUCCCAGUUUGGAUCGCAUGAUUGGUCUGGUAGUGAGUCCUCAAACAAGAACUUUGGUGCGCGCUGUGGUGAAAAUGAUGAAUGCUUUUGGCCAAGGAUUCAAAGUGACCAGUAUGCAGCUUUUCUCUUCUCUUUCCAUGUUACAAAAGUUUUAUACAGAUGUACCAAGGUCACCUCCAGCGGGAAAAGUGACGGAUCUUCGAUUUUUGGAUGAAGCACAUUAUUUCUUGGGUCAUGCUAUUAUUGCCUAUGGUUGGAGAGGUAUCUCAUAUCUUGGUGAUUACGCAAAAUACUUGAAAGAUGUGAUGAAAACAAGAUCAAACAAAGAAGCUAUCGUCCGUUUCCUCAAAAUACCUCAAGAAGAUUUACUGGGUUAUGAAUAUGGUCUUCGAAAAGGGGCGGUCUUCCAACCAAGUUAUUUUGUGUCUGUGGAUCGUGGACAUGAAGCGGUUGUGCUUGGCAUUCGUGGUACCUGGAGUUUAUAUGAUGUGAUCACAGAUUUGGUAUGCGAUUAUAAGCCUUGGAAAGGUGGAUUAGUACAUAGCGGUAUGUUAGCUUCAGCUCAAUGGUUCUUCAGUCGAAUUAUACCUCAAAUAUUCCACUAUAUUCACGAACGAAGCAAACAAAAAACAGCACCUUACAUCAAAUCAUUCAUUAUCACUGGACAUUCACUUGGAGCCGGGACAGCCGCCAUAUUGACAAUGAUGAUAGCUGAUCAUAUAGAUGAAUUACGACAGUUAUCCAAUAACCCAGAUUUUAAAGUACACUGUUAUAGUUAUGCACCAGUGGCAAGUGUAUCAUUGGAUCUCUCUGAAAAAUAUAAGCAUCAUAUUGACAGCUUUGUAUGUCAUGAUGACCUGGUGGCUCGACUCUCUUAUGGAACAGCAUCUUGCACGAAGGAAUUGGUUAUGGACGCUCUCAUAGCAGCGGAUGGACUAGGUGGUAUCAGCAAAAGGAAAUCUUCCAAACAAAUGAACCAAGAUAUCCCUUAUUAUAUGUUCCUGGCCGAGUAUACCAAUUUAGGCGACGAUCCAUUCCAACAACACAUGAUAACAGCAAAAGUACACCAUCCGAACGACCAAACACUAAAAAGAAGGGCAAUGUUAUUCAACGACGACAUUCUACCAUGA